UCUGAAUCGUGUAACGGGUACAGAAGCUUGGAAUACAUAGCAAAGGAGAGACCGCUUAAGGUGUCACAGAAGUGGGAUUGCAUAAUCAGCUGGACGUGUUUUGGAGGAUUUUUGUCAACACCCGGAAAUCUCACCAUUUAAACAUUCUUGACUAGCAAAUUAAAAUCUGCACGAAUCAUGAUUCCUCAAUUUAGCAACGAGACCAAACACUUGAUCAUUCACACUGGCAACAUUCUCAAUCUGAGCGAGGUUAAGAAAAAAGUCGGACAAAAUCUCACGGAAGAGGUUACUGAAAGUCUGCGAAUCACUUUGAAUGACUGGAUUGCAUCAAACGGAAACCUUGGCAGCGAUACUUCAGUAGUUGAGGUUCGAGGGAAGCAAUGUUCAUUAGAUGUUCAAGAAGAAAGGAAAGAUUUAAAGAUUGGUCUAAAGAUGUUCCUGCCAGUGCGAGCACCGACUGAUGUCACCAUGAUUUCAAGCGCCCUGUCGAAACUCAUGAAAGAACUUGACACGCCUCAUGUUGAGUCAUUUGUCUUGAGUCAAGCUGGUAGACAAGCCGAGGGAAUUGAAACUGAGCAGCAGCUGUCUCGAUUGGAACCUUUGUGGAAACAGAUUGAGCAAGAGCUAGACAGUGGUCGGGUUUUGAGUGCAGGGGUCAGUGAUAUCGACACAGAGUCAUUCGUCACUCUUCACAACAAUGCUAAAGUGAAGCCAAGCAUUGUCCAGAUAAAUUUGGCCACCUGCUGUGUCGUUCCUCCCGCACUUCAGGCAUUUACGAAAGAAAACAAUGUCCAGUUGCUGACUCACAACGACCCUCUCGACUUGCUGCCUGAUACUACAGUGAGUGAGAUUUUCGGCGCUGGAUGGCGUUUGGGAUGGGUGCUGCGCUCUCAGGUUCAUGUCAAGUGCCGCGGUGUGUUGGCCAGCAAGGGAUUCAUCAUAUGCGUAGAGAGGGAGUAGAAUUUUACUUUUUACAAGUAUUAUGGAGCGAAAAUAUUAUUUCCAUCAAAUUCAUAGCUCAUAGAGUUGAUUAUGGAAAAUUGGGUUUAAUAUUUUAAAUAAUUUAAAGGUAAAUAAUAUUUGUAUGGAUUUUAUUCCACUGCUCGUUAUGUAUUUUACAGAGUUUAGUUUAAAAAUUUAUUAUUCAGUUUUAAACUAUGUAAAUUUUAACCUUUUUAUUCUUUGAGAUAGUAAUUACAUUAAACUUAAUGCAUUUAAUUUUUUCAA